AAGGAAGGGGGCGGGGAGCGGCUGGCGCGCGCGUGUGGGGAAGGGUCCGGCGGCGGCGGCGGCGGGCGAGACAUUUUUCACUGCUAAAAAGAAACUGCAAUGGCGAGUACAGUAUCGGUCACUUUCCUUGUAUCAUUUUCCCUACUGCUGUGUGAAAGUUAUCAUCAUGGAGUGGAGACAGCUACUGUUGUGCAUACAUCGGAGAGAACUUUUCCAGAAAAGGCGGCUGGCGUUAAUAUUGACUUGGCAGGACUAAUACAGAAGUUUCACCUUCAAGAACUCUUUAAUCGUUACGGAGAAAACAACUCUCUGUCGAUUGAUGGGUUUAGAAAACUGCUCCAGAACAUAGGUAUAGAUAAAAUGAAAAGGAUUAAAAUAGACCAUGAUCAUGACCACAAUCAUCACCUUCAUCAUAAUCAUGUUUCAUUGAGUAAAAACUCCGAGAAGACUGUUUGUCCAAACCAUGAAUCCGAUGCUAACAAAGACCACAGGAACAGUCACUCAAAGGAACCUCAUAAAGUAGAGAAUAUAGAACAUCGGCAGAACUUUGUACGCAGCAAGAACACCGUUAAUGAAAUAACAGCAUCUAUCAUCGCUGCUCCCACAGGUGGCCACUCUGAACUACAGCAUGGGCAACCUGGAGAAGUCAAGCUGGUUGCUCGUUUAGGUCUGACCAGCUCUAAAGCUGUUAAUGUCACAGUGGGCAGCAAUGCAACCUGGCUUGCUAACAGCAAAGCAAAUGAAUCUCAUACUUCUCUGAAGGAAUCAGAAAGAGGAAGUUACCUGUAUUCUAAACUGAAAAACCAAAAUACCCAAGAGUGCUCCAGUGCCUCAAAACUGAUGCAGUCCCAUGGAAUAGGCACUCAAGUAUUGUUGACUGCUACAGAAUUUAGUUACCUCUGUCCAGCUCUUAUUAAUCAGAUCGAUGGCAAAUACUGCAUAGUCCAUGCAACUAGUGAAAAAGCUGAAACUGCUCCAAAAAGUUACUCUCUGCAAAUAGCUUGGAUUGGUGGCUUUAUAUCCAUCUCCGUCAUCAGUUUUCUCUCCUUACUGGGUGUUAUAUUGGUACCACUGAUGAAUCGCGUAUUUUUCAAAUUUCUUCUAAGUUUUCUUGUGGCAUUGGCUGUGGGGACUUUGAGUGGAGAUGCGUUCUUACAUCUCCUUCCACAUUCUCAUGGAAACCAUCACCAUCACCAUGAAAAACCUCUGCUUGAACAAAACAAAGGCUCUAUGUUCAAACAUCUUGUUUUUCAAAGUACAGAGGAGAAUGCUUACCUGGAUUCUACAUGGAAGGGACUUACAGCCCUUGGAGGAUUGUAUUUCAUGUUUCUAGUGGAGCAUUUGAUCACUUUAAUAAAGCAGUUUAAAGACAAGAAGAAAAAGAAAAAAAAUGAAGAUGAUGGAGAAAGUAAGAAGUUUUCAGCGAACGAAGAAAAGUUAGAUACAGAUGAUCGGCCUGAGGGCUAUCUAGGGACAGACUCUCAAGAUCCAUCACCCUUCAUUUCUCAGCAGCCAACGGUACAAGAAGAAGAAGAAGUGAUGAUAGCUCAUUCUCAUCAAGAAGAGGUUGACAAUGAAUAUGUGUCCAGGGGCUGUAGAAACAAAUGUCAUUCUCACUUACAUGAUACUCUAGGACAGACAGAUCAUCUUAGUCAUCAUCACCAUGACUACCAUCAUAUUCUGCAUCACCAUCAUCAUCAGAACCAUCAUCCCCACAGUCACAGUCAGCGCUACUCGCGUGAAGAACUGAAGGAUGCUGGGAUAGCAACUCUGGCAUGGAUGGUGAUUAUGGGAGAUGGACUACACAAUUUUAGUGAUGGCCUAGCAAUCGGAGCAGCCUUUACUGAAGGGUUAUCUAGUGGUUUAAGCACUUCUGUGGCUGUAUUUUGCCAUGAAUUACCUCAUGAGCUAGGAGAUUUUGCUGUACUUCUAAAAGCUGGUAUGACUGUCAAGCAAGCUGUGCUUUAUAAUGCUCUGUCAGCUAUGCUGGCCUAUCUUGGAAUGGCAACUGGGAUUCUUAUCGGCCAUUAUGCAGACAACGUUUCUAUGUGGAUAUUUGCACUUACUGCUGGCCUGUUCAUGUAUGUGGCUCUUGUGGACAUGGUGCCUGAAAUGCUACACAAUGAUGCCAGUGAUCAUGGAUGUAGCCGCUGGGGGUACUUCCUGUUACAGAACGCUGGGAUUCUGUUGGGUUUUGGGAUAAUGCUGCUUAUCUCCGUCUUUGAACAUAAGAUUGUAUUCAGCAUAAACCUAUAAUCCUGGUUGCCAGGAAGAGAGCUUGGUGUUAAAUUAUAAGUGGUAGGGUUUUUUUCUAUUAAAUUCCCCUAAUGGAGAGGUACGUUUGAUAUAGACUAGAUAUUUUUAUUCGUGUGCUUUGUGGCCGUGUCCCUCCCUCCCUUUUCCCCCGAUAGAAGUGAACACUGUAAAGUUUUUUUUUCACUUAGGGUUUAGCAUGCGUAUGGUACUGUGGAAAGUUGUACUUAGUAAAACAUGGUGAAAGUGCCAAAUUUAUUAAAGGAGUAUUGUCGAGGGGGGAGGGGGGGGGCGGUUAGGGUUGGGUUUUUUUAGUAAAUUUGUUUACUGUAUGUAAUUAUAUGUAACUUUUUUUUUUUACUUCAAUGGUUUUGUUGGUUUAAAGAAAUAAAACGACAGUGGUUUUUAUUUUAGCACAAUCAAAAUCAGUGGAUACAAAGCACAGUGAGCAGUGUAAAACAAGAAAAAGAUGUGUAAUGGGUAGCAUAUGUUUAUAUUGGUAGAAACUCAUCUCUUCUGCAUCCACCUAGUUUACACGGAGUGGCAGAUGAGUCCACUCCAUCCUUUUUGCGGUGGUUCUUUUCUCAAUAGCUUGUGGAUUCUUUGUGUCUUAUCCCAGUUGGUUUCUACUCCAAACAAAUUCUUGUGAAAUCCCAUUUCAAAUGUUUGCACCAAAUGUUUUACUUGCUUCAUCCCCUCUGAUGUGAGUUGCGCUUCACCGAUUUCUCAAAUCAGGAACAAAGUACAGCUAUUAGAUUGUAAAAGCAUAGCUCUAGCUCUAAUGCAUGUGAAUUCCAUCAAAAAGACUUUUAUUCUUUGCAACAACUAAAGCUGAGAAAUCCAAAAUAGCAAAAUUUCUUUGACAGCAUAUAUAGGGAAACAGCAUGUUAAGGAUAAUUAUAAGUGUAUAUGUAAGUAUGUAGUUUGAGCUUACAGUCUUAAUAUUUUAACCACCCUGGAAGUAACUGAAGGAAGGAGAAGGAUGAAAAAGACAAUGGCAAAAUAAAUUAAUUAUGCAUUUGCAGGGAAGGUGAACAUUAGACAACUUUUAUAUAAUGAAUAAGUAACAGAAUUUAUGCUAUCUUAACUAGCUAGCUUUAAAAAUCUCGGAAGCAGAACAAUUAGAACUUAUUUCUGAUCCAGCUUUACCACUGUUUUAAAUCAUCAGCUGAAUAAGAAGCUUGAACAAAGAGGAAAUGUUCAUAUUACCAUGUCUGACAGGUUAAAACAGCCUGGUGGUCUUUCAUACAAUGAAAGCCAAAACUACUCUUAUCACCUCAGAAAUAGAUGCUUGGAAUGAAUUGAGAGGUUUUGAGGGGUUUUUCCACUAGGUAAGAAAUGGGGAUCACAGAAGGUUCUGCAGCUAGUGGCAUAUUAGCUUCUCCUCUUCCGUCAGUCUUCCCGCAGGUUAACAAGAUUGAGAUUUAAUCUUCUGCCCACAGUGAUGAAAUCCUGUUCCUUGCCUCCUUUGAAGUCAGGGGGUAGAGAAAGGAACACUUCCUUCAGCUCUGCUAGUGCGCCCCGAGGGGAGCACUCAGCUGUGGUGGGGUCUUACCAGCUCCCCCAGAUCUGCAUGUGUAUGAACCUCUGUAUCUCUUUGCUUGGUGAGCAGUGGUUUGGAGAGAAGAAUGGACUUUUCUUUUGGAAACAUUCAUUUUCCUCCUCCCCAGUUUAAGUUUCCAUCACUGGAAGGUACUCUGGUGUUGGGCUUUCAUCUCUAACAGGAACACUGACAAAAUAUAGGUGCAUUCCCUCCCUUCAUCAAGCACUUUAUAUUUUGUGUGCCUUUUAUUCUAUGCUGUUGCAUUUUGAUUAAGCCUCUAGACUUUUGUUAGAAGCACACAUCUGAACAGAAGAGUUGUGCCAUGGUAUGAUAGCCAUCUGCUACGUUUUUAUAGCAUCUCCUUAAUCACCCAUCCUGUGCUCUUUUUACUCUUUUUCUUAUAGCAGUCAUAUUCUAGUGUUCCCAAGCUGGAAUUAGUAAUAUCUCUGAGUGUGAUGAAAAAUGGAUGUAGAUCCACCCAUUGCUUCUGUAACUUCCACACUCUUAAACUGUUAGCUUAUUUGAACUCUCUGAAGAGAAAGUGAAAAAAUUGAAGUUAGUCUGUACUCUUAUGAUACUUCUGCCCUUACCUGUGCUAUGUUCAUUUCUUGACUUUGUUGUAGCUAAACUCUUCCUAAAACCCACCUGCUGAUCUUCAUCUUUCUUUGCUACCUUGGGUGCUUGAAUACCAUAAUCUUUGGCUCGUUGAAAGCUGUUUCAUUUCUGGCAUGUGCAUGUCGCUGCUUUCUUUAGAAAACAAGUAAGUUCAAAACAACCAUGCCAACCAUGAUGCUGACACACGUACACACACUAAACCUGUCAAAAAGGGAUUUUUCAUGUCUUGACUACUGCAUCUUCCUAUACUGACCUCCUGUCUUGGCAGUCCCACCGCAUUCCAGAUCUCUCAAAAUGUGGCUGCUUUUCCUCUGGAGGUCUCUUCCUGAUGUCUCGCUAUUGCAGGUGAAUGUGUCACCCUUUGGAGUGGUCUGACUGGACCCUGACCUGUCUAAAUGAGUCUUGCCUUUGCUAGGGUAAUGAUAAUAAUCACCAUCAGAGCUGACGUGCCUUAGUUCGUGCUCCUGUACUGCUCCUCAUGAGCAAGAUGUGUUCCUGGGCAAAAAAAUCAGUAAGAUUUCUCCCCUCCUUCCCUCCAAACCGUUCAUCACAGCUCUGUUCUGCUGAAACGCAGUGUCCGAGGUGCAACCUCACUGCAUCCUAGUGGGGUUUGUAGGGCUUGGGCACUGUGUUUACCACCAUAAAUUCAGUGUGCCCGUCAGUCCUUAGCCUUCUGCACCCCCCCCCCCCCCAGCCAUUACAGAAAUCAGGCAUGCUCCAUCUCUUUGGUCAUGAGGUAUUUCAGACUUGGGUGAGCUCAGUUCACUUUGAAUUUUUUACUGGUGGUUUCUGUUAGCCUACAACCUUAAUAGCUGCUAGUUCAGCUGGACUUCUUUUGUCCAUGUGCGUGGUAUGACGUAGGAAGCAGGCACGUAGCCCAGUGUUGCCCAAGAGAUUUUAAGAUCAAUGUCUAAAUGAUGGAGAUAAACCUACACAUUUCAGUCAGUGUUUCCACUGGGUUCUUGGCUGGCUUCCAAUGUCAUUGACUGACAUUAAAAUAUCUGCAUAUCAAAACACAUUGCUAAUGUAGCAACAUGAAAAAUAAAUUGCCUUUAGAGCAUGUGGGCAGAAAUGGUUCGAUAAGCUAGACACAAGCAUAUCCCACCCAUUCAGUGCUCUUUGAUCUUUGAGGGAGAGAUGUCCAUGAUGGACAGCUGUCCAAACUAGUAACUGACUAUAGACUGAAGUCUGCUGUAGGUUUGUACCAGCAAGAUGACAAAAGUGGGGUUUUUUUGCUUUGUCAGCCUUAUAAAGUAGAAUCUUCAUCUGUUGCAAUGUACUCACACUGAAAAUACUCACGGUUUGGGAAACCGAUAGGGCAGAGCCUCUAAGCAGCCUUUUAUUUUUAUGUGUAUAUUUUUAUGCCUCAGUUUGUAACGCGCCUGGCUAUUCCGGCUGAUAAACUGAAGUGUCUCUGUUUUGUGUAUCUGUCUAUGUGUUAAUUAUGGUACAGACCUUAAUUUCAUAUGCUGUUACAGCUGCCUUAUUUAGUGCCUGUGCUAGAUGCGGGUAAACAGAAUAGGCAAAUGGUGCUGCAAUAAAAGUUUUGGGUUUCGUUUGUUUUUUUGACAUGUUCUUCUAAUGUUUUUGGCCUGUAUUUGUACAGAAAAGGUGUCGUGUCUAGUCGAGAGUCAAAAAAAGGUGUGGAAAUUCUCAUCUGCCCAGCCUGUGGGUUGAGGUGCCAGUACAGUUUCUCUGCUCCUUUGUGGCCAGGGCACUCAGAGCGAUGCCAGGUGUGUUGCAGGAACGCAGCUCAAUUGCAUUUAUAUAAAACGCAGUCAAGGCUAAAAUGGAUUUCGGAGUGGCUCUUCUGCUGCCUGAACUGAGAGACCAGCAUAGUUAAAAUUUCUGUAGAAGAACUGGGUCGUUGUUUGCCACAAGCAAGAAGCAGAAAGAUGUUUUCAUGAAAAUGUGCUUUUAUUUAAAAUACCUUUUUUGGUGCAUCUAGGAUCACUGUAGCUAUUACUGUAUUGCUGCGUGCUAGAGAAAAUAAAACACUGAACCAAA